ACAAGCAUUUCCUAUUUUGGUGUAGUGACUUCACAUUUUCAGUAUUCAAACGAAGAGCUCAGACACUCUGAGAACAGAAGAGAAGGCUCUUUCGCGUGUGUGUGUGUGUGCGCGCGCGUGCAGCAGCAGCGUGGGCAACCAGCGAUCAUCACAGUAAGCCACGUCCGGCGCCGGCGGCGGCUGGUUAUUUUGCUUCCUGUUGGCUACAAUUGAAAGCCAUUGGAGGCUCUCCAAACAGUACGUUAAAGUCUUCCCUGCCAAAUCAUCCUUCAGCUUCACUUUCUCUGCUAUUUUUCUCUCCAUCAACAACUCUUUAAGGUCAUGGCAUACUCUGAGCCUGUAAGUGCAGAGAGGGAGCUAGUACAAGCUAACACUGCUCCCAGAAAACCGCAUAUUCUACUUGCUGCCAGUGGAAGUGUUGCUGCUAUAAAGUUUGCGAAUCUUUGCCAUUGUUUUUCUGAAUGGGCGGAAGUAAGGGCAGUUGCCACGAGGGCUUCUUUGCAUUUCAUUGACAGAGCAUCACUUCCUAAGGACGUAAUUCUAUACACCGAUGAGGAUGAAUGGUCUACUUGGACAAAGAUAGGUGAUAGCGUGCUUCACAUUGAACUCCGCAGGUGGGCUGAUAUCAUGGUUAUUGCCCCAUUGUCCGCAAACACACUUGGCAAGAUUGCUGGAGGAUUGUGUGACAACUUGCUGACUUGCAUCGUGCGAGCAUGGGACUACAGUAAACCGCUCUUUGUUGCUCCAGCCAUGAACACCUUCAUGUGGAACAAUCCAUUCACAGAACGACACCUUAUGUUAAUAGAUGAGUUGGGGAUUUCUCUCAUUCCUCCAGUAACGAAGAGGCUAGCUUGCGGAGAUUAUGGAAAUGGCGCGAUGGCUGAACCCUCUCUCAUCUUUUCAACUGUAAGACUCUUUUUAGAGUCUCGGUCUCAAUCAAAUAGCAAUAAUAUUCAGUAAUUACUGUCAUAAAUAUUUCGUUUGUAGGAAAGAAAGAGUUGGUUGUGCUAAAUUGAUGCCAUUUUUUUUUCCCCUCAUUUGGUUUGGAAUUUUUUAAAAUAUUUGGAAUGUUUGUUUAUGUGGAGACGCUUAUUUGUGAAUGGCCACAACUGAAGCAGGAAGAAAACUAUACUUGCCCAGGAAAAGGAAGAAAGAUAUAUGUCUAUUAUCCUCCUUGUUCUAGUAAUCAGCUAAU